GCUGGCCUGGAGGCAUCAUGGAUGCCGGCGACUACAGAGACAGACUCAGAGUUUCGGCUGGACGGAUGAAGUGGUGGAGGGAGGAGGACAAGUGGAAAAGAGGGGCAGCGGAGGAGGAGGAGGAGGAGCUGGUGGAGGUGCAGCUGAGAGGCAAAGCGCCCUGGGGCUUCACCCUGAGGGGGGGCACUGAGCACAGAGAGCCCCUGGUCAUCACGAAGGUGGAGGAGGGCAGCGCUGCAGCAGCCGUCCGUCUUCGGGUCGGGGACGAGAUGGUGAGCGUGAACGCGGUUCCCCUCGGCGGCUCGCGGCAGGAGGCCAUCUGCCUGGUGAAGAGCUCCCACCGGACGCUGAGCCUGACUGUCAGAAGGGCUAAAAUGGUCGAUGUUGUAUCGCCACGUACAAUGCCGUCCGAGAAUGAAGUUCACGUGGCGAGGAGCUUCCUCACCAAGAUUUUGCGAAGCUCGAUGAGGAAGAACCGCUUUAAGGGGAAAAAUGAUCCAGGCUCGCGGCCCCACUCCUGGCACUCAUCCAAGCUGACGGAAGAGGAGUCUGAGGCCACCCCAGCACCAGUCUGGCAGUCAAAACAUGAAGCGAGGCCAAAGGAGUCAUCCACUAAAGGGGACCAGCACCAGUUGACGUGUCAGAUCAACUCAGUGAACAUGGAGCGACUAGAGCAUCCCUCCCAUCCCACCCAUUCCUACCCACCUGCUCGUCUUUCUCCAACUAAAUACAUCAGCAGUGCGGAGCCGCUCUGUGGACCAGGAGGCAAACGAGACUCUGGGUUCAGUUGUUUCUCCAGCGGCUCCAGCCCUCCUGUUCAAGACCCCUCUAGUAGGAGGGGGACCAACACUGAGAAUAUUUUCUUCAAGGGGCUUCAGAGCGAAGGGACUCAGCAGGCCGAGCGACCCAAGUACCUGCAGCCAACGCUAGGGAGCGGAGGCUGGGAAGGGUCGAGAGCGGAGGAGCAGCCUUCAGCUCGAGUCGCUGUGGGAGGAAAACCCGUCGCAGGCCCAGUGUGGCAGGUCCCCGAGAAGAAAAAGUCCCAGUCUCCUCCUCCCCCUCCUCCUCCUUUGCGAAGUGACAGCUUUGCUGCCACAAAGGUGUUUCCUUAUUCUGAAGGACCCAGUGGUUCAACAAAGAGCCAUGGAAGAUCAGCAGAUAACAGCAGCCAGAAUGGCCUCAGAUCUGUGCAGGAGAAAACCUCAGAGGCCAAACACGGCUUGAACCACUUGCCCACCAAAGAGCUCCUCCAUCCUAACACAGCUGCAGAUUACAACCACAACCAGCUGCACCCCAGUAAACUCUUCUCCUUAUCCAGCAGUGACGUCAGACAGUCUCAUUACACCCAACUACCUGCACACCAGAGGCAAUACAGCGACGAAAGCCCCUUUUACCUGCAGGCCAGAACAGCUCCUCCCACCAAGACUCAAAGCGUAGGAAGCUACUAUCGCAGCCUGCAGGAGCUGCCCACGAAUGCAUUUAGCCGCAAACAGACGAGGCACUCCACAGCAUCCACGACGGGUUCUGCUGCAAACCCAAGCCUCGCAAGCGGAGUGCACAACAGGUACUGGCCAGGCCUGGCGGGGAAACAUUCGGUGCAAGCCGUGGAGCACAAGGCCAGGCUUGGAAAAGCAGAGGGCUGGAGAGGGGAAACGGAGAAGCACCAGUGGUUGAACAGCAAUGAAGCAAGUUCCUGUAAGAUGAGUGUGAAGGCGAAGUAUCCUCUACCUCAGUCUCAGAUGCCUUACAGUGCAAAUAAGGAGCGCAGUGACCAUUCCCAUUUGGGGAAUGGUCUACACUAUAACCACCAGACCUCCGAACUUUCUGUUCAAAGCCGAAGCCUGGAGGAUGCAGGAAAGAGAGGAGAGGGACAUUCUAGUGAUAUGAAAAGACACUUUCCAACACGUCAAAAUAACGAUCAUAAGGUCGGUGUUUUAAAGCAUCAAGACCCCUGGGUACCUCAAGAAGACCAUCGAAUAUCACCUCUGAAAACCCCGCUUCUCCACUCCCUGACACAGGAGAGUAGGAGUCUAGUUGAGAAGCAACCAGCAGCUUCCACUGGUGUCAUGUCUUCCCAGGACACCGGUGACACCACACCUACCGGCAGCGGAAAGGCAAAUCGUCGCAGCGACCGCUACGCCACAACCCUCCGCAAUGAGAUCCAACAGAAGCGAGCACAGCUACAGAAGAGCCGCAGUGCUGCGACGCUGAGUUAUGAUGCAGAGGACGAAGACGCAGAGGAGUGGAGAUCCAUGGAGGCUUCUUCGUCUUCUGGUGUCUCCUUCUCAAAUACCUACAAGGACCACUUAAAGGAGGCACAGGCCCGGGUCCUCCAGGCCACCUCCUUCCAGAGACGAGACUUGGGACCUGAGGGUCCCUUACCUAAAACCUCCAGUGGACGCAUUAGAGGACGUAAGCGGCUCCACCUAGCCAAGAGGACACACUCCUUUUCAGAGCCUGACAAGAUGGACAAAGUGGGAGUCGAGGGAGAGUCUCAAACGGGCUCAUUUGGGGAGCGGAGGAAGUUUUUUGAGACCAAACCAACCUUUUCCAGGCCCAUUUUAGGUCAGAGUACAAACUCAAACACAGACCUUGAAAAUACGGACAAACCCAAAGAGAAAAUUCCCUCUGAAAAGACUGACACAAGCACAGACGCCAACCACCUGAGUCCCGGGAAUAAGCAGGCCCUGCUGGAGCAGCAGAGGCUCGGGACAUUUGCAGAGUACCAGGCCACAUGGGACAAGCAGAAGAAGUCGUCAGAAGCCAAGACACAAGGGAGGUACCACUCAGCAGAGAACAUCUUAGACGCAGGUGCUGAGAAGACCGUGUGCAUCCAUGAAAGAUCCAGAUCUUCUCCUUCUGCUGACUUCUAUGCACAGAAUAUUCCAUCUCCGUGGAGAGACCCUCGAACACAUGAGAGCACUUUAAGCACCAGGCUGCGACAUGAUCCUGACCCCAUCCCACAGUCGGUCUCGUCGGUACCCAGAAACGAGGGCCUCGUCCCAGGCCUUCCUGACCACAGGCCCAAAUUAGACGCUGCCAGUCCCUCGCUCACUGCGCUGUCCUCCGGCCCCAGCGCUGGUCCUGAGGAGCCGGCCGAGCCUCCACAACCACCCAGGUCCCAUUUAGGCCCAGAAACCACAUCCUCCUCCUCCCAGGAAUUCCUCCCUGGCGCCCAGACAGAGCCGGCGCUCCUCCAGCCUCCAUCCGGCUCCAGCUCUGACAUCCAGCGCCAUGCUGCAGCCCAGGUCUCGUCCACUGGCUCCACCCCAGCCAGCUCCCCUCGCCUCAGCAGGAUGCCUGGACCAGACGUGAGUGAAGUCGAAAAAGAGGAGAAGGAGCCACCACCUUCUCCUCCUCCUCCUCCUCCGUUCUCCUCCUGGACAGCUGCUCUAUAUCUCCCCACAACGGAUCGAGUGCGGUCUCCUUCGCCCCAAUUUGCGCCGUUGAGGCUGACGGACAAACCGCCGACCGUGUCCAUGCAAGAUGACUCUGUGCUCAGGUCAGAAAAUGCGUCCACGCCUCCAGCUGUGAUGGACGUGAGCAGUCCAGUGAGGAAAGUCCCCGUGAGGAUCAUCCACGCCGAGAGCAGCUCUGAGCGUCAAGGACGAGCCUACCUGCCCCAGAGCAACGACACCUGCAGCGUCUUCGAGCCCCCGCCCCACAUCCCCUCCCUGGGCACCGCGGAGUUCCCGGCCUCGUCCCUCUUCAGCGCCUACACCCGGCAGGAAACGCAGGACCAGGGCCCGACCCCGACGUCGGCCCACGAGUCCACGGCUGCACAGCGCUCAGAAGAGGACGCUAAGAGAGAGGAGCUGGCUAGGGACAUCAUGGGUAAAGACAAGUCCUUGGUGGACAUCCUGGACCAGAGCGGGAGGAAGACCACCAUGGACCUGAUGGAGGGACUCUUCCCCUCAGAGGAGCAGAUCCUGGAGGGAGCCCAGCAACGUAGGAGGGCCUCUGCUGGCUCCAGGCUGCCCACCUCAUCUCCUAGGAGCGCAGAAAGGAGGGAGGAGGAGGAGGUGUCUGCAUCAGCAGCCGCCUCCCUGGUCCCCAGUUCCUCCUACUACAGCACAUCAGCUCCCAAAGCCGAGCUCCUCAUAAAGAUGAAGGACAUGCAGCAGCAGCUGGAGGAGCAGGACUCUGAAGAUGAGCUGGACGUUGACCUGGCCAGUAAAAAGCAAGAGCUGAUCUCCAGCCUGGCCAGGAAGCUGGAGGUCCUACGGGAGGCGCGGCAGAGCCUGCAGGAGGACGUGGAGGACAACGAGGCGCUGGGUCGGGAGGUGGAGGCCACUGUGCAGCGCCUCUGUCAGCCCAACCAGCUCGACAAGUUCCGCAUGUUCGUGGGCGACCUGGACAAGGUGGUGAGUCUGCUGCUGUCUCUGUCGGGACGUCUGGCCCGGGUGGAGAACGCCCUCAACAGCCUGGAGGACGAAGCGCCGCCAGAGGAGAAGCGAACCUUGACGGAGAAACGGAAGCUUCUCAUGAGGCAGCACGAAGACGCCAAAGAGCUGAAAGAGAACCUGGACCGUCGGGAGCGGCUGGUGUCCGGCAUCAUGGAGGCUCACCUGGACGCAGAGAGCCUGGACGACUACAGACACUUUGUUAAGAUGAAGUCUGCUCUCAUUAUCGAGCAGCGCAAGUUAGAGGACAAGAUCAAGCUGGGAGAGGAGCAGCUGAAGUGUCUGGUGGACAGUCUUCCCCUGGACCAGAGACCGCUGCUCUGAUAGGAAGAAGAAGAGACGAGGGUCUGGAUAGAGACUGGAGCAUCAGCGAGUUUGAAGCUAAGACAUGUAGCAUUUUAAAUGUGUUUAUGUUUAUGUGCUUAGACGGUGUCAGACCUCUAUUUUAAUGCAGUGGAUGCAUUUAUCAUGAAGCUUUACAACCAAACAUUUAACACGACGUUUCUACUUGUAACUAACUAUGAAUUCUUACGCCACAGUUUAAGGUAUUUUUCAUAUAAGGAGACAAAAGGCUGAAAGACGAGGUGCUUCACAGAACUAGUAACUGAAUGAAACUUAAAUGUAAAUAGAGUCAAGUAUCUCUUAAUAUUAGAGUGUACUAAUAUUCAGACAUAUCAAAGCUUUGAUGGAGUAUUAAAUGUCAAUAGUGCUUAUUAUUCGACGCCUUUUUCUAACUUUGUAAAGAUGUCUGAGGGUUGUAUGAUGAGUUUUCUCACCUGCUGAAUGGGUUUGUAUUUAAUUAUCAGUGUGUGUGUAUUAAAUUCUAUGGUAAUAUAUAUACAUAUAUAUAUAUAUAUAUUAGUAAUUUAUUGUAGCCUGAGAACAGAGACGGGAAACAGAUGAAGUGUUAAUUUAAUUUCACUUUUGACGUUUUGUUUUCUAAUAAAAUUAAAAGAAGAAUUGAAAAUGACAUCUUAUAAUCAUUUAAUUUAAACUGUGUUAUCGAGUUGUCAUGAUGAGACAUGAAGUAAUUGUUCUUUCUUUUACUUUAAUCCAUGCGUCUUUUGUUAUUAUUCUAAAGGAGCUGAUGUCAUUUUUGCUAAUGAUCUCGUUUCAGAGUUAACUCUUAAUUUACGCUAGAAUAAGAGGUGGACUUUGUUCUCAUAAAGAUGACGGAUGCCGACUGUUUCCAGCAGUAAAGAUGUUUUCUAUAAAAUAAUACACUGCUAGAUGAUUUGUGUUUAAUCAUUCACAGAUCUCAGAUCUUUUCUACUAUCUACUGGUUUGGUCUUUUUCAGGAGAUUCUUUCCAUGAUGUUGAUCUGAUCAUGUGCCUGCUGAUACCGGACUCAUUUCACUCACUUACAGGCAAUAAAAUAAUUCAGCUGAGAAA